AUGAACUAUUCCAAAUUGCAAACGCUGCAACAUAUCUGCAAAGUCAGUGGUUUAUCCAGAAAAGGCCGAAAAGCAGAUUUGUUUCAGCGAAUUCUGUCUGCCCCAGUCUAUCCUACAAAUAACGUUCUAUCGAUUGAUAUAGGGAUUAAAAACUUUGCAUACUGUCUUGCUAGUCGUACGGAAGAUGCUAAGGUUAAUAUCCAUGAAUGGGCUCAUGAAGACUUGACGUCCCCGACAAAUGGUUUGGGUAUCCAAUGGAUCGAAGACUAUCAUCCUCAAUAUUUGGCAAGACUUGCGUUGCAAAUCUAUACCACGUUAACCUCCCGUUUUCAUCCCAGCAUAAUUCUUUUGGAACACCAGCGCUAUCGGUCAGGAGCCAAAACCAUUCCUGAAUGGACUUUGCGAGUCAAUGUAAUUGAAUAUAUGCUGCACUGUUUGCAUAUAAACAGUCAAGUCCAUGCGUCGCCGGAAUCAAAUCCUAGUCCCUCUAGCUUACUUUCCCUUGCACCACAAUCCGUGUACUCUUACGUUUCUGCCUUGUCUGACUUUGUUAAAUUGAACAGUAAUACCAAGACAAAACUAACACGCGUCAGACUAUUAAACGAUAUGCUGAAGCUUGGAAAGGUAUCUGUUGUAAAUGAUGAUGCGCUAAAAACAUUUGAAUUACCAGUUAAAUUUUCAAGCAAAAAAGAUGACAUGACGGAUGCUGCUAUGAUGGCAAUUACAUGGAUUGAAUGGCAACAUAAACUAAGACAAUAUCAAGAUGAACUUCGUAGCUAUGUCGAACUAAAUUCGCAAUAA